AUGUACAACAUUACGCAAGCAUCGUCGUAUUGGGGUUACUUCCCGAACGCAAGUGUGGAUCCUUGUAUAAGAGGUUCGACGUACCAUCCGUAUUUGGGAACAACAUUUGGCAGUUCAUAUGGAAACCUAUCUACUCCGAUAUGUUUUGGGGAAGUUCAACCUUAUCCCAAACCUCCAUACUCGUAUAUUGCUCUCAUCUCAAUGGCCAUAAAACAGGCCCCAGAGCAGAAGAUCACUUUGAACGCUAUCUAUCAAUUCAUCAUGAAAAAUUUUCCAUACUAUCGGUACAACAAGCGAGGAUGGCAGAAUAGCAUCAGACAUAAUUUGUCUUUAAACGAAUGCUUCGUCAAAGUGCAAAGGGACAAAGCUGACCCGGGGAAGGGGUGUUACUGGUCUUUAAAAUCGGACUGUGAAAAUAUGUUUGAUAAUGGCAACUACAGGCGACGCAGAAGACGACCUAACAAGAUAAAUAGCGCAACAGGCAAGGACGAGAAAGGUCUUAACGACGAUAUUUCUGACACGGAGAUAAGCAGCUCGAAAUGUGGCGAGGAAAGGUUAAUUAAAGCCGACAACGAGGAAAGAAUCCCGACUAAAAAACUAUCAGCAACUUUGCUUACACCACCCAGCAGUCCGAGUAAGACUAAACAUUCUGAACACAACACGAAACAGAGCGCCGAGCAUUCAUUUAGCAUCAAAAAUCUACUAUCCUCACACGAUACAGAAGUUGAAAAAUCUUAUCCAAUUUACGAAAUGAAGAGAGGCCAAAUUGAACAAUCUGAGGCGCAAACAGUCGAGUCUAUCCAUCCGGCUUCGCCGUUUCUUCUAGAAAGAAUUGCUAAUCCGCAGACUGCUAAUCUGAGAACUAAUCUCGUGGCCGCUUCUGCAAACCAAUUUUCACCUUCGGAGUUUAUGAAAAACUUAUACAAUGGAGGACUCUAUGCCAGUCUUUUUUCUAGCAACUGCCAAAGAUUUUAA